AUGAUCUCUUUAAACACAGCAAGCGUGCCGUUCGAUAAAUUGAAAUACUUUCUUAAGAACGGUCUGGAAGAGAGACUUCCCUCAAAAGCAGACAUCCAUGUUCUAAACGGAUGGAGGCCGUCGACGUUAAUGAGUUACAAUAGCGCCGUAGCCAAAUUUAACCGCUUCCUAACUAGCGAGGGAAUCGUUUCUUUAGUCCUACCCGUCACCGCGUCGUUGCUAGAAGAAUUUGUAUCUGGGCAGGCAGAAACGACCGCUACCUUCCCAGACGACAACAAUCCGAGGUUGGCACUGUUACUCAAGGCAUCCGCAAAGAAAGACGAAUCAUCUGUAACAGCAAAAAUGAAAUUGCCAGUUAUGUUGUGGCAUAUGGCUCACUUGUGGAAGUCGUUAGUACUGGGCGACGAACUCGACCGGGCCGUAUUGGAUGUGUCGAUCGUGGCGUUCUGGGGUUUGGCGAGGCUCGCGGAGUUAACCUACAUCAAAGACGGUAAUUCGAUCAACUUCGGAACUUCAGUCCUAACGACGGAUGUCAGCUUCACCGAAAGCGUAAACCUAGGAGCCGUCGUAACGCUAACAGUUCGCAAUGCCAAAACAGCGAAACCCGGGUCACCUCAGAUUAUCACGUUGUGUGAACAACACCACGAGUUGUGCCCUGUUCUAGCCGUGAAACGGAGACUUGCAUCUUCCGCCGGCGAAACGACAUCGUUAUUCGGAUACAAGAACGGGCCCGACCGGAUUCACUUAACCAGAUAUCAAGUUGCAUCGCGGGUGGAAGAAGUCCUAACAAACGGCGGUUUCCCAGGUAUAAAAGGACAUUCCUUCAGGGUCGGCGGGGCGUCUAUCCGGUCAGCUCUCGGGAUGUCCCAAUCGGACCUCUGCGCUUUGGGCCGUUGGAAGUCAGAUUGUUUCAAGCUGUACAUACGAAAAUAUUCCGACAGCGACUUAAAAAGGACCAGGUUGCUCCUACAUCAUGGCCCCCCUUACCAUUUGUGUCCCAGAUUGUGGGCUUUGUGUUCGAGUAUCACCCCUUAG